CGACGUCGCCGCCGCCCUCUUGCCGCGCAGGCGCCUCACUUCCGGUCACGUGGCGGCCGCGCUGCAUCCCGCCAACCACUUCCGGCGCCGGCAGCCAAUCAGCGCCCGGCCCCGCGCCGGAAGCGGCAGCGGCGGCGGCGGUCGGGAUGCAGCUGGACGGAGCUCCGCGGCACCCCCUGCAGCCCCCAAGCGCCGGCUCCCGGCGGCUCCUCGCAUGGCCGACCCCCACCCCCUCUUCGACGACACCAGCGCGGGGGGCGGCGCCCACCGGGGCUACGGGGCUCCUCCCCCCCCCGCCCCCGCCCCCUCUGCCUCCUCCUCCUCCUCCUCCUCCCUCCUCUACCCUCCCCCCGCCGCCUUCCUCAGCCAGCCGGUGUCCAGCCUGGCCGCGGCGUACGGCAGCAGCCUGGCCAGCCAGGGCCGCGAGGUGGUGGAUCGCAACCUGGAUCGCUUCAUCCCCGUGGGGAGGCUCAAGUACUACUUCGCCGUGGACACCGCCUACGUGGGCAGGAAGCUGGGGCUGCUGGUGUUCCCCUUCCUGCACCAGGACUGGCAGGUUCGUUACCAGCAGGACUCUCCGGUCGCGCCUCGCUUCGACGUCAACGCUCCUGACCUCUACAUCCCCGCCAUGGCCUUCCUCACCUACAUCCUGGUGGCCGGCCUGGCCUUGGGCACCCAGGACAGGUUCUCCCCAGACAGCCUGGGGCUGCAGGCCAGCUCGGCCCUGGCCUGGCUGCUGCUGGAGGUCCUGGCCCUGCUGCUGGCUCUCUACCUGCUGGCCAUCGGCACUGAGCUGGGCACCCUCGACCUGCUGGCCCUGGCUGGCUACAAAUACGUGGGGAUGAUCCUGGGGCUCCUGGCUGGGCUGCUCCUGGGCCGCAGCGGCUACCACGUGGUGCUGAGCUGGUGCUGUCUCAGCCUCUUCGUCUUCAUGCUGCGGAGCCUGCGGCUGAAGCUGCUGCCGGAGGCGGCGGCCGAGGGGGCGGCGCCACGGGGGGGGCGGAGCCAGCUGCGGAUGUACCUCACGGCCGCCAUGGCUGCGGCCCAGCCCCUGCUGAUGUACUGCCUGACCUACGGCCUGGCGCCCUGAGCGCCCCCCGGUGGCGGCCUCCGGAAUC